GAUGACUCAGAGUGGGCGAAGCCUCUAGGAGACAGUUGUGUUGGCUUUCAGGAGCUCAGCUCAGGACCCUGCGGGAGAAGGGUCACGUACGGAUAUUCGGAAGGAUAAAGAGCGAUGACCACGCCUGCGGGCUCCGGCGCCGGCUUCGGCUCUGUGUCCUGGUGGGGUCUGUCCCCAGCGCUGGACCUACAGGCUGAAAGUCCUCCUGUAGACCCAGAUUCACAGUCGGAUACAGAGCGCAAGGUCCCAGAGCUGGAUGCCCUGCUGUUAGGUUCUGUGGAUGGGAGACACAUGCUGCGGACGCUGGCCAGGGCGGCGCUCUGGCCUCGCAGGAGGUUCAAUUUUUAUGUGCUGGAGAAUAAUCUGGAAGCGGUGGCCAGACACAUGCUGUUCUUCAGUCUAGCCCUACAGGAGCCUGAGAAGAUGGGGCUCCAAGAGAGGAGUGAGACCUUCCUGGAGCUGUGGGGGAACGCGCUGCUGCGACCCGCUGUAGCAGCCUUCCUGCGAGCCCAGGCUAGCCACCUGGCUAAUCUGGUCCCGGAGCCUGAUCGCCUGGAGGAGCAACUACCCUGGCUUAGCCUUCGGGAGCUCAAGUUCCGCGAGCGGGAUGCCCUGGAGGCCGUGUUCCGCUUCUGGUCAGGUGGGGAGAAGGGACCGGAAGUUUUCCCCAUGACUCGCCUUUGGGACUCGAGGUUGCGCCACUACCUGGGUUCCCGCUACGAUGCCCGGCGUGGUGUUGCCGACUGGGACCUGCGCAUGAAGCUGCAUGAUCGAGGGGCCCAAGUCAUCCAUUUCCAGGAAUUCCGACGCUGGCGGGACAUAGGUGUUGCCUUUGAACUCAGAGACUUGAGUGCUUACCACGUGCCCAACAGGACUCUGGCGUCGGGUCGCCUCCUGAGCCACCGUGGGGAACGCGUAGCUGCGCGCGGAUACUGGGGGGACAUCGCCACGGGGCCCUUUGUGGCUUUUGGCAUCGAGGCAGACGACCAGAGCCUCUUACGAACGAGUAAUGGACAACCGGUCAAGACUGCAAGCGAGAUCACUCAGCACAAUGUUACAGAGCUGUUCCGAGAAGUGGCCGCCUGGAGGGGCCCGAGAGCCAUCCAGGGGAACGUGAAGGAGACCGAGUCGCCCAAGCCAGAUGUGCCUGCUCAAGAACCCUUCACUAUCCACUUUCUGCCUCUCGAUUCUUCGCAGACUCUCCACCACAAGACUUGCUACCAGGGUCGGUUCCAGCUCCUCUAUGUGUCCUGUGGGAUGGUCCAUCUACUCAGCCCUGAGCUCGGAGCUUGCGUGGCCCCCGGAGGGAACCUGGUUGUGGAAUUAGCUCGGUACUUGGUGGACCUACGGCCCAAGGAGCUGAAGUCGUUCUCUGACCGUGUUGUGGAGCUAGCGCGGGCGGCUGGGUUCGCCCCUCAUACCGGAACCAAACCCUCGGAGAUCUUUGCGCGCUUCUACAAGUUAGGGGACUCUACUCCGGAUGGCGAAGACGCAGCUGUAGAAUCCGGACCCGAGCCCUCCAAGGUCCUGGCCUCUCCCGCAGAAUUGAUGAACCCACCCCAGGCUGACCAGGUCCCUUCUCUAGAGGCGAUGAGCCCACCCCAGGCUGAACAGACCUCAUCUCUAGAAUCGAUGAGCCCAGCCCAGGCUGACCAGGCCCUGCCUCCAGAAGCAAUUAGCCCACCCCAGGCUGAGCUAGCCCUGCCUCUAGAAGCAAUCACCCCUCCCGAAGCAAAUCUGGCCCCUCCUCUGGAAGUGAUAAGCCCACACCAGGAAGCUCUGGCAAUGUCCUCGGUGGAUGCACCUCCAAAACAUGUAACAUGAACCCCAGGGACCCAGUAUCCCACCUUGAACAGCUGAAGCAGGCCCCGGGAUUGACACCAGCUCAGCCCACCUCUGGAAUGCUCUGUGCUCCUUCUCAACCCCAGUGAUAUAACUAGAAUUUCAAAUUCCUUUCCUGGAACUCUCAGCUCUACUCUUUUUUUUUGGGGGGGGGGGGUUCCAAGAUUGUUACCCGAGACUUAUCUUGAAUCACAGGCUGGAGGUACAACCCUGGGCUCCAGAUCCUCUCUUUUGUCUCGGGCCUUUCUUGCUACUCUUGGGAGGGACAAGGACAUAUCCUCCCUUGAAUGUGGUUCAAAUAAAGAGCGCAGGGUCACCUCUGUGUGUCCUGUCCUCA